AUGGCUAGUGACGAAGUUUCCAUCCUAGACCUUGCCAUUGGCAUUGGGGCUGCCUUAGGUGCAGACAUGGAGGUCGAUGAUGCUCUCGCAUUGCCUCUCCUCGUUGAUAGGCCAUUUGACGCGGCCACAUACCAACCACGCACACAUGCUCCACCCCCAAGUGGCAUUUUGAGAUUCAAGGGCCUCAUCCCCGAGAUAGACGAGGAUAUCUUGCUGCGAGAGCCCAUGGAGCACUUGUCUAUCGAUGCCUCCAUGGUGAUAGCCAGGAGGAUUGGUGGCUACGAAUCCAUAUCCGGCCCCCAACGUUGGUAUAAGAGACUGCCCGAGGAGAUGGCAGAUGAUAUUCCACAUGACAGAGCCCCUCUAGAGGUUCCACCUUCACUAGCACCUCAUGCCGAGGUUAAGGAGCCGAUGAUAACUGAAGCUGGUGGGGCGGCGGAGGAUAUUGAGGCAGAGCUUGAGGCAGAGUUCGCCCUAGAGCCUGAGCCUGAGUUGCUACCACUGGGGGUACAACCCUCUGAUCCGGCAAGGUAUCAUUCCUGGACACAUAUUUUACCUCCCGGAGGCAUUAGACGCUUCACUGAGUUUAUUCACGGUAUGUUGGAUGACCUCCUACUGAAAGAGUCAGCUUUUCACCUUUCAUGCCUUGCUGUUGAGGAGUUUAGAUAUAUGACCAACCACUGGGGUCACACAAAUGUGUUUGGAUGGGCAAUUGGCCAUGUACUCUACCUUCGCCCUUAUGUCGAUGAUUUCAGUACACAGUGGGUUCUGGCUUCUAUUACUUUAUUAACCCUUGGAUCCGUGCUUACAACUUACAUUGGUGAACGUUUUUCUGACCUAAAACUUGGAAAUGGUACAUCUCUUUUGAUCUUCAUGAGCUUUAUAUCCUACUUGCCGGCAUCUUUUGGUAGGACUGUUGCAGAGGCAUUUCAGGAUGGCAACUACAUUGGACUUGUCGCUAUCAUUUUCUCCUUUUUCUUGUUGGUGCUUAGUAUUGUGUACGUUCAGGAAGCAGAGAGGAAAAUCCCAAUUAAUCAUGCCUCACAAUGCAGUAGCAGAACUGGAGGGCUCCAAAAAUCUGCUUACCUACCCUUUCAGGUCAAUAGUUCAGGAGUCAUGCCAAACAUCUUUUCUACAUCAUCGUUAGCACUUCCAGGCACUUUAACACGCUUCACUGGUUUAGCUGCUCUGAAAAAGGCUGCAGUGGCUUUAAACCCGGGGGAAAUCUUACACGGUGUCAUAGCUAGGUUCGAAACCCUAGCUGCUUCGCAUAUCACCAUUGGAGUCGCGACUUUUCUCUCUCCAGACUCGCGAAGGUUCGAAACCCUAGCCCUUUCUAGUUCGUCUGGUUUUUCUCGCAAAGGCCCCUCUCUUCCGCGCGAUCUCUGUUUGAUUCGAUUCGCAACUAUCUACUUCAGCUCUCUGGUUAAUUUGGUUCGUCUGCCUCUCGCUUCCUCACGAUCUCUGUCUGAAGAUCGAUCUCAGGUUCUUAGUCGGAUAUCAGUCCUGGGAUCCGCAUUUUUGGCAAUUCUGGCUGCUGGUCCUGCUGUGAUUGAACAAACUACACACCUGACUGCAUUCCGGGGAUUUGUAGGCACUUCGGUUCUCAUUCUUGUUGGUUGUGCUACUGACACGGCAAGAAAAGUUCAAGCAGAAAUAAUAUCCCAGAAGUACAAGAACAUAGAGUUUUAUGACAUCGACAAGUAUAACCAGUAUUGAGGAAAAACAGAUUAGAGGCUGGAGUGGAUAAAAUCUUAUAGAAUGAAACUUUAUGCUUUAGUUUUCUCAUGAAUCGUGUAGUGUUGACUACCAUAUGUAUUUUACGUUUUUGGUUUACAGUUUGAUUCUGACUUACAAAUUGUACAAAAGGUUACAUGGCUGCAAUUUUCCAUGGUGUUUGGCUAAUGGAAAAUCAUAUUCUUCUUGUUGUAA